CACUGUUAUGUCAUUACCUGUCAUGGCAGCCCCCAUAGCACUCAUACAAGGGGCGAGCAGAGGAUUGGGGCUUGAAUUUUGCAAACAUAUUCUGAAAACUAAAAGUUCUGCUGCUGUAAUAGCGACAUGCCGAAACCCAGACCGAGCGGCAGAGCUGCGGGGCCUAGAGGGACAACACCCGAGCAGACUGACGGUCCUCCGGCUAGAUGUGACCCGGGAGGAAGACAUCCGCGAGACUGCCAUGCAAGUGAAGCAGAGUUUCGGUCAGCUGGAUCUAAUUGUCAACUCCUCAGCAAUGCUUCACCCCUCUGGAAAAGGAGAAACCAGUCUUAGGGAUGUUUCUGCUCAGGGACUUAUCUCUACCUUGACCACUAACACAGUGGGUCCCCUGGUCAUGGCCAAGCAUUUUGCCCCCCUGCUUCAGAAGGGUAGAGGUGGUUUUGGUCAGCAGCCUGCAGAGAAGGCCAAGCAACACAGUGGCAUCAUCGUCAACAUCACUGCCAAAGUUGGAUCCAUUGGGGACAAUGGUCUGGGUGGUUGGUACAGCUACAGAAUGUCUAAAGCAGCUCUCAACAUGGCUACCAGGAAUUUGUCUAUAGAGCUGGGCCGCAGUCGACCAAAGGUGGUGUGUGUGUCUUUACAUCCAGGAACAGUGAACACAGAUCUCUCUCGGCCAUAUCACAAGAAUGUGCCCAAAGACAAGCUGUUCAGUACUGAACACUCCGUGAACUGUCUGAUGAGCAUCAUAGACACACUGAACAUUGAAAAGACUGGCAAGGCAUACAGCUGGGAUGGAACUGAACUUCCUUGGUAGAAUCAACAGAUGGUCAAAGACAGAGCUAAUUAAUAUGACUAUCCAAGAUGUGUCAUCUCUCAGGAGCGUCUACGCUGUACAAAAGGCCAGGCUUUAUUUUUAAGUCAUCAAAAUUGCAGCCGGGAGGGGUCAGAGUCAUAGGGAGAUGACUUCUGCUACCUCAAAAACCAGCUGAAGUGCUAAAAUAACCAUUUACACUUAUAAUGAUAACAGCAUCAUCAUAUUAAAUCCUCAUGUAGCCUUGAGAUGUGACACUAUGCUAAUGAUUUUGCCUAGCACAUCAAAGAUUGUUUUCAGUAGCCGAAUGAUUAAAUAUACCCAUUCUUGGGGAAUUUUGGAAGUAUCAGUCAAUAUAGCCAAGUGGCUUAUGUUAAAUAAACAUGACUUAAAUGGAAUAUAUUGCCAUCAAAUAAAGGCCUUUGUUGUCAAAGAGUGUGAUGGGAUGGCAAUGAUGUCAUGGCACAGCAAUUAAGAUUUUGAUGGUGCUUGAUUUAAAGCAUUUGUUAAUUAA